AUGUCUGACCACCAGUACAAGUUCAAUGUGACUAUGACCUGCGGCGGAUGCUCCGGCGCAGUCGAGCGUGUCCUCAAGAAGCUGGAAGGUGUCAAGACCUUCGAUGUCAGCCUCGAGACCCAGACGGUCAAUGUCACCACCGAGCCCACUCUUUCCUACGAUGACGUGCUGGAGAAGAUCAAGAAGACCGGCAAGACUGUGAACAGUGGAGAGGCGGAUGGGGAGAGCAAGGAGGUCUAG